AUGGAUGCAGAGAUACUAACACCUCUCACCUCUCUAGAGGCCCGGCUCAACGCCCUGCUGACAUCUAUCACGUCCACCCCUACCGCCUCUGGAGCUCCGGCCGCGACAGUUGCUCUCCUUGAAGCGGACGACGCGCUCAGUAGCGCUCUGCAGACGCUGAGAACACACCAGGCAAAUUACGCCAGGAUCCUUCGACUGCGUGCUGAAGCUGUCAGCCUCGAGGAUCGGGUUCGAGAGACCGUUCGCCAGGUGGGCGAGCUGGGAGACGAGAUCUCUGCAGCUGCUGGCGAAGAUGAGGACUCGGACGAUGGCAUUGAUGUUGACACUGGGAGUGAUAUUGACAUGAGUGAGAGGGAUAAUGACGAGACACAGCAAAACGAAGUGGACUAUAGGUUACUGCUUGGUUUUGCCAGACGAAUAAGCAAGUACAACAACGAAGCUGCUGUUGAUGCCUCCAGCACACGGAUGCCGGCAAAGGAGCAAGCAGAUGGCGACACAGCGGCGGAGACGAACGGGAUGAGAGAGAGGGAAUAUGGGCCAGCUGCAACGCAUGGACAGACGACGGGGGUGGGCAUCGCGUCUCUGCCCCAGGACACCGUCUCCUGGCUGGACGAGACCGCCAACUGGACACGGCUCAUGUCCGCUCUUCCAUACCCAAGUGAGGACCGUAUCCGUGUUGGUCUGAUGGGCCACCUACAUGCCACUGCCGCUGCGGAGGGAAAGGAUGUUGAAAAGGAGGUUGAACGUCUCCUUAUGGCCGCAACACAGAAAAACUCGCCCAAGGAAGACGUUGGAACAUCACCACAGCAGCAGCAGCAGCUUGAUGUAGGUAUUGCAGAGCCAGUUAUUGCGUCUAUAAACCGCCAAGCAACGAACAAUAGCAGCCAUGCUGCAGAGCCUGUGAAAGUGAAGCCAAAGCUGGACCUUGACCUGUAUGAUCCGGACGAUGAUGAUGUGUGA